AUUAACCAUGUUACCCGCUCUCGGAUAUGUGACUAACAAUUUUUAUUUUCUAGAUUAUAAAAUUCGGAACCCUCUUGGUUGCAAAGCUUACUUUUCAAAACUCAGAAACAAAGUCAGACUUAGUUGGAAAACAUCAUCUCUCUAACCAAUUUUUUUGGUUAAAAAACUAACGGACAUGGGAAAAUUCGUUCAUCUUUAUUUGUUUGUUGCUAUAUAAUUUGACACACUAAGCCUAAUUGAAAUCAGUCUGUGAAAAUUCUUGAAUAUCCUAAACCAUAUCCUAUAUUAUCAACAUCUUGAUAAUGGUCAUCUAAAAAAGUACAGAUAUAUAUGUCUAUGUACAUAAGUAUAUAAAAAUUGAGAUCAGAAAUCAUAUUAAUUUUAAUGGGCAGGGCUGCAUUUAUCAUUAUAUGUACGACUUUUGGGGGGAGUUAUCCUUUUGUGUUUUUAAAUAGCUCUGUUCUCGAAUCUUAAAAAGAAAUUUGCCAACACAUAUCCUUUUUCCUGUUCUCAAAGUCAAACACACUACAUUGUAUGUGAGUGUAUAUAGACAGAAUGCAUUGAGGCCCUCUCAUGAACCAUAUUGUUUACACUUUUCCAAUGAGAAUUGGGAUAGAUUUUGUGGUGGUGGCAGUGGCGGCGACCACCGUGCUUCAUGCAGGGGAGGCGUUGGAGAUCUUCAUCGGCGGUACCAGUGGUUGGCUGCGUCCUGACGAUCCCAGCUGGUAUUCCAAUUGGGAGGAUCUAAAGUUUACAGUCGGAGAUGUUCUAGUAUUCAACUUUCUGACGGGUCACAAUGUGGCCGGAGUGACAAAAGACGGUUACGACAACUGUGACACCAAUAACCCCAAAUUCAUAAACACCACAUCUCCAUUUUUGUUCACUAUCAAGACUCUCGACGAUCUCUUUUUCAUCUGUACCGUCCCAGGCCACUGCUCCGCCGGUCAGAAAAUUACCAUCACUAACAUCCAACAAUCGUCAUCAACACCGAGCUCCCCUGAUUCUCCACCUGUUGUUACUGCUCCAUCGCCACCAAAUCCGUCGCCAGUAUUAUGGCCUCCACAUUCACUGUUGCCUUCAUGUUGAUGGAUGUCAUGUUAAUAAUAUAUUAAUUAUAACUCAUUAGUGUUUGGUAUUAAAAACAUGAUUUGCUUAAUUAGCGCAAAAAGUUGACGAGGUUCUGUCAACGACGCUAUUUAUUCAGUAUUGUAUUGAGAUUUUAUUUUUAAUAUCAAAGUUAUUCAACGACGCUAUUUAUUCA